UGCAGCUGCUGUUCCAGAGGGCUGGAGCUGGAGUUCAGACUCGCCAGAGAUACAUGUGAACCCUGAACUCUAUCCCAAUGAGAAAGGGGGUGGGGCAGAUUUACACAGUGAGGCCUGCUGUCUUGCUGUUUUGGAAAUCUGGAAUGAGAAAUACCAUCUCGGAGCCAAAGGAAACUCAUCGAGGGGCUGGCUGCUGGGCCUAGGAAGGAGGAAACAUGUAACUGGCUGUGUACAAGUGGCAGGGAGAGGAGCUGAGGCAGGAGUCAGGCAGCCCAGCUCCCAGCCUCCCAUUAUGCCAGAUCUCCUGAAUUUCAAGAAGGGCUGGAUGUCCAUACUUGAUGACCGUGGUGAGUGGAAGAAACACUGGUUUGUUCUGACGGACUCCAGCCUGAGAUAUUACAGAGACUCCACAGCAGAGGAGACUGACGAACUGGAUGGAGAGAUCGACUUAAGAAGCUGUAACGAUGUAACCGAGUACCAGGUUCAACGGAACUAUGGAUUCCAGAUCCAUACGAAAGAAUCCGUUUAUACCCUGUCAGCGAUGACUUCUGGGAUCCGGAGGAACUGGAUUGAGGCACUUCGAAAGAACGUCCGUCCGACCACCGCACCAGAUGUGACAAAGAGGAACACUUGGAUGAAAACCCCGCCUUCAAGAGCCAGCUUAACAGACAGCAACAAAGAGAAUACUUUCCGUGAGACGAUAGCAAGACGGAAUGUAGCGAGACAGGAAGCGGCGGCUGCAGACAGGACACGGCUAGAUGUCCAGCGGAGCAGCCGCCGAGCGGACAGCCACGAGCAGCGCCUGCCCACGCUGGAGACGGUGGAGCUGGAGCCCGUCCAGCCAGCGCGGGGGUCGGACGCCUCCAAGGCCGAGGAGCUGCAGCGCGAACAGGCUCAGCGGAUAGUCGAGCGCAGCAGGUGGUUCGAGUCCACCACCCUGAACGACUGCCCGCCAAGGACAGGGGCGGACUGGACCUCCCAGACCCUCCAAAUCCCCGACCCCCUCAGCAAAGACAUCGAGGUGAAGUGGCAGGAGCUGGAGCGUAUCCCGCUGCGGGACCACAAGCAGGUCCCCAUCAAGUGCUUGCGAUCCCUCAAUCCCAGCAUGAACGACAGUGGGACAUCAGGAACCACAGAGCGACUGAAGAAGGAGAUCUCCUCCCUGAAUGCGCAGCUGGAUCAAGCCAGGAGAGAGCUGGAAUCUUUCCAAGAACAAAGCAGUCGGCUGCACGGGCAGUUCAACUCCCCCAGAACGCAGAUUCCCAAAGGCUUCAUCUCUCAGGAAACCUGUGAGCGUAGCUUCAUGGAGAUGGAGGAUUCCCAUCGGAAAGCAAUGGAGGAACUUCAGCGGCAACAUAAACGGGAAUUAGAGAAGGUCCAACACGACAAAGACCGAUUACUGUCCGAGGAAACUGAUGCCACCAUCUCUGCCAUUGAAGCUGUGAAGAAGGCCCAUCGGGAGGAGCUGGAGAGACUGCAGAGCACCCAGAACAGUGCAAACAACAAUGACUUGGAGAGGCUUCGUAAGCAGCACCAGUUCUCCCAUAGGGAGGAGCUGGAGUCGCUGCAGCGGGAGCUACAGGUGCUGUCAGAACAAUACUCCCGCAAGUGCUUGGAGAUCAACUACCAGAUGAAGGAGACCCAGCUGCGAGAGAAAGACCUGUCACGGAGCCAGCGGGAGAACGAGGAGCUGCUGCGACAAAACCAGGAGUUGAACGGUCAGUUGUCGGAAGAGAUCGCACGAAUACGAGCGCUUGUUACAGGAAAGAGCCACGACAACGUUGGGACUUUAGCUGUUGCAGGUGACAGAGAUACCUGUGAAUUGGAGGUGUUACUGCGACUUAAGGAGAAUGAAGUGCAGAAUCUCAGGAGGGAGACGAUGUGCCUACGAGAUGAGCUUCAGUCCGUGCAGUGGGAUAAGAAGUACGCGACUGACCGGUACAACGAAAUUUACACCGAGCUAAGUGUCAUGAAGGUCAGGACAGAGCGGGAACUCAACCAAGUUAAAGAGCAGUUAAAGCUUGCCAUGGCCGCACUCAAAGAGAAAGAGUCAUUGCAGAACAGCAUCGCAAAGUGAAGACCCCUCCUCCUCCUCCCCCCCCCUGGCAGGGCCGCAAGGGGAGGAGAUGUUAAACCCAAUGCUCAAAGUCUUCAGCGCUGAUCCAAAGUGGUGGAACUCCCUGUGAUUGAGGACCGUUGAAGAAGACAAGCUCAUGCCUUUAUCCUUCUCCCUUUGUCUCCUCUUUUAUUUUUUAAAUAACUUUCUCCCAAUGUGGAUCACUGCUGUGAAAUUAAAACUGAAUAUAUAUAUAUAAAUGUAUACACACAGGUUAUCAAUUUUAAUACCUUGCUGCCUUUGAAACCCUGAUUCCGCCUCCCAGCAAAGCACCUCGGCCUAGACAUUGCCGUAGUUACGUUGUGCUGCUGCUGGGCUCUCCUUGUCCGAUGCAUGUGAGUUGCUGACUGUUACACCACAGCAGCCGCUGCUCCCUUCCCCCCCGCUUACCCCAGUUGGCACCAUGGGGCGCUGGGGAUAGGGGUCGCCAACUCCCCUCCGGACGUAUUCCUGGAGCUUUCAUCGCACAACCUCUGCCUGCCAGCUGCCCCGCCCCCUGCGCUCCCUUCCAUUGGUCGACUAACCUGUCCAUCCAACCAGUGAGAAAGCGGGCAGUCUCUGCGUUACCCAAUUGGAUGAUUCCUGACUGUUAAUCAAACUCCCAACGUUUUUGUAACGAAUAAAACGGAAGCGUUGAGAGAAUUUUUAAAAAUUUUUAAAUGAUGUUUCUUCUUCUGAGACUUGCUCACCGUGAUUGUCCUGCUGAUUGCUGGGAAACCCUGGCCGGUUGUUACCCUCUCUCUGGGGGCUCAGCUCGGUGUAACCGGACUUUGAACAGUCCCAUCGCCCUCUUUCUGUAAACAUUGUGUAUAAGAAGGAAAAUUCUUUUCAAAAUGUUUUUAAAAAGCAGUUUAUUAUUCCUGUUAAACUUUGUGUAAAACACUAUUUGGAGGCCACACAUUACGAGGCUGGUAGGUUUUUGAUAAUUGUUUAUGUGACAUUUUUUGUGCAUUUACCCAAUCACAUUAUUAGGUCAGAUGCUCCCCCAAAGCCAGCAGCUGGGCACAGGAACACGGGAACAGAAGGAGCAGCCCCUCUAGCUUGCUUCAGCUUUCAACUUGACCAUGGAAAAUCUGUAGCUUAACUCCAUGGUUUCAUGAGCCUUAGCACCAUUCCCCAACAAGAACAAUUAGAGGAAAUGUCAGCUCACAACGCGCAGUGUCUGUCUGCCUUGGUGGUGUCAGAAGAGGGCUAUUGAAAGCCACGUGCCAGGAAGGACAGUGAGAAAUCUCUCUCUGCUGUCCCAUCUUCUUGCUUCGCUCCUUUCCAAAGGCUGUUAUCCCCACGCAGACACAGCUCCUUGGGUUCUAUGUGGGUGUCCCUACACCACAUGGACUGCAGUGGUUCAGGAAGGCAGCUCACCACCACCACCACCACCACCAUCUCCUCAAGGGGCAAUUAGGGAUGGGCAAUAAAUGCUGGACCUAGUCAGCGACGCCCACAUCCCAUGAACGAAUAAAAAUAAAAUCUAUUAACUGAUAUCUUAUCUAAGGUCCUAUUUCAUGUGUGGGCUGGUUAACUGCCAAGGAGUCAUAGCAACCAAACCCAAUCGUGCUGUCCCUAACAGCCACACCCAGGUGCUUCCAGCGACUGAACCUCUGCAGUCUGCUGGUAAAAAAAAACCUAUCCUGAGAAUCUCCAAUAGAAGCCAACAGAAUGCCAGGAGGUUCAGGCUGCUGUGAGGGCUCCUCUUUUAUAAAUAUCUUUAGUUGUGUUAAGUAGAGAAUGUGCAAUAGCAUCAAGGGAAGACUUUGUAACUCAUGUUUCCAUAAGGAGGCAGAGAGAGGCCUAUUAAGUUAUUUUUGGUAGACUAAAAGUCCAACACGUGCUGACACUCAUCACCUUGUUUGCAAGUCUCUGAGCCAAAGCUACAGAGAAACCUGUGCACCUUAAGUGUCUGUUUGCUUCAUAUGCAGUACACACUACCUCCCUGUAUGGAUGUAUCCCCAUUAACGUGGGUUAAUGGGGGCCAUGUGGUUGACUCUUUACUGCCCUCUGCAAUGGCCCUAGUAAGCCACUCAGUUCAAGGGUAAUUAGGGUUGGGCAAUAAAUACCGGCCCAGCCAGCGACUGCCACAUCCCAUCAAAGAAUUUAAAAAAUCGAACCCAAGCCCAAGUCCAGAGAGCUUAACCCUAUACAGGCCUGAACAACCUUCAACUGUGGAAAUUAAAUCAGCCAAAACUGUGCAGUUAGGUAACCUUGGGACUGCUUGACCAACCAUGACCCUCUUUCAGACAUUGGCUUGUAAACAUUGGAACCUGCAGUGUUUGGACUCCCCACUGCACCCCACCCCUUCCUAACCCUAACACCCCCCACCUUUCCCCCAUAACCAUUAAUGCUUCACACUAUCAGGGCCAUCACCAGCAGGACCCUGGCUCCUUGGCCAUCUUCCUGGCUCCCCCCUCCUCCACAUACGAGACUCUCAAUUCCCAUUCCAGAAACAAAGAAAUGACCUGUCCGAUACCUCUGAUUUGUCUCACUACUUGUCCGACGUCCAGUCCUGGAUGAGUAGAAAUCUCCAAUUAAACAUUGAGCAGAUCAAAAUGGUUGACUUAGUCACAACCAAAAACUCCCAUUUCCUAACUCAACCCCGUCCACUCGCUGACCCUUUGCUCACUGAUGCGCAUUGGCCCCUGGUCCGACAAGCCCCCAGUUUUAUAAUUCAUGUGCUUGUUUUCAAAUCCCUCCAGGGCCUCCCCCUCCCUCCCUAUCUCUGUAAUCUCCUCCAGCUGCACAACCCUCCUCGGUAUCUGCAGGCCUCCAGUUCUGGCCUCUUGCACCAUUGGCCUCAGCUGCUGGGGGAUUUCCCUCCCUAAAGCUCUCUGUCCCUUGACCAAUGGAUGCCAUAAGCCCAAUGCAGCAACCCGGAGGUUCCUGUGCAGGCCACACUCCAGUCGGUCCCUUUAAGUCACCCCACAUCCCCGAUCAUGCAAAAAGCACACAAGGAAAGUGAUACACAGCAUUGCUCUCUACCUUGUUUCAUCCUAUAAGAUGCUGCUUAAAACCUGAUCACCUGUCCUAAUAUCCCCUUGUAUGGCUAAUUAUAUUUGGUAGCUAUUGCCCUACCUCCAUGAAGCUUCUUGACCUUUUACAACAAUAAAAAUGGAACACCAGUUUUCUUAGUGCAGCUUCGACUAGCUGUCGACAUGAGCAGCCUGGAACUGACUCCUGCUACACCCACCACCCACUGCCCCGCGCCCCUCUCCCCCCACCCCCAACUCUCCCCGAGCUGUCGAAAGUGCCUGAUCUCCAUUCUCUGACACCACCGAAUGUCAUGGGUCUUGGAGGCUGCACACAGCAACCAGCCUGUUACUUGUCAAUGUGCUUUGACUAAAUCAGUGUUUCUGACACCAGGUGAAUGCACACAACAUCAGACAGACAACCCGGCUAUUCCCUAUUGUGUACCCUUUUCUUUUUCUUUCAUGGGAUGUGGGUGUUGCUGGCUGGGCCAGCAUUUAUUGCCCAUUCCGAACUGCUCCUUAAGAAGCUGGUGGUGAGAUACCUUCUUGAACCACUGUGGUUUGUAG